GAUAAAAACUUUCUUUUUUUUUAAUUGAUAGAUGUAGAAAAGAACAGAAACAUUAAUGGAGCCAACCAGAACUCAAACUCAAGAUUCUUUGCUAUAAUAACCAUUCUUAAUUUCUUACCAAUCUAAUUGAUUCCUUACAGUUCCUAUAUUUUCUACGAUUAGUUUUCUAUUUAUGAUAAUACACUCCAAAUAUCCAGUAUUGGUAAGGUUGGAGAUUUACCAAAAGACAAAUCGAAUCAUUUUGUUUUUUUCUAAUAUUCAGUAAGAAGCAAAACCAGUGACUCUUGUGUUGAUUUGUCUCUUGUUGAAAAACUCUCGUUAUGUACAUUGGUUUUAGAUAGUUUUUUGUAACUGAACUAGUGUACACUCAUUGCACUUAAAAUGAAAUAGAUAUAUAUUUAAAGUUUGACAAAAGCGAGAUAGAAUUUUUUUUAAAUUGUUAUUCUGUCAAGUAGACAUAAUUGUAGCUACCGGACCUCCUAACAAUGUAUCAGAUCCACUUUUUUCCUAUUAAUUCUUUUUUCCACUCUUAAUCCCAGUGCAAUUAAGCACAAAGUGAAUUUUUUCCUUAAUCUAAAUAUAAGUUUCCACAUGAACUGUCAAAAAUUACAGAACAAUAUGGGGCGAAGGCCAAAUUUGAAUCUGCUAUUCAUCGACUGAGUCAAUCGCAUUGAACACUGAGCCAUACGAAUGAGACGGAAUGUUUUAGAUAUUCUGUCUGUAUCGUUGCAUUUCUACAAAUGGAAGUGAGAUGCAGGCAUUGUUGUAAAUCUCUUUUCAAGGGUGACUCUGUUUUAUUUAAUGCGCAUCACGAGGUGAAGCAAGAUGCAGCAAAUAUGAAAUGUCAAUUGAAUGAAUUUGAUUGCUGUUCUUACAUGACUCUGGAAAAUGUACCGGAUUGGAUUAUGAAUGCAAUUGAUCAGAAAUCUUGGAUCAAAGGAAAGUUAUACUGUCCAUACUGCAACAGUCGCUUAGGAUCUUUCAACUUUGUGAAUGAGAUGAAGUGUUGUUGCAAUGAAUACGUGAAACCUCCUAUAAGAAUAGUUAACUCUAAAGUAGACAUAUUAUGUGAAAGCUUAAAACAAUAAAUAAAAACAUUCUAUGUACAUAUUGAUCCAUAUUUCGAAUCCUCUUUUAUUGAUAAAAUUGUCUCUAAAAGUGUCUCACAAGAGCCAUUUUUAGAGGAACUUUUAUCGAUAAAAGAGGAUUCAGAAUAUAGACUAUAAUCUAUGUGAUAUAUGUUAUAUAUUUCUAGAAAUUACGUUCAUAAUUUAAAAUCCUGAAAUUGUAGAAAAUAUAUUUUUGCAGAAAUAAUUUUUCUUAUGUUACUUAAAUCGUGUUGUGUCGAUUUCCUUAAUUUGAUGCAGUACAAAAAUUUUCCAUUAUUGCAAUCAUAAAUAAUAAUGUCAUAAAUAAUAAUAAAAUCUACUGGUCAAGCUUUUACUAUUCUUUUGUUACAAUUUUUAUUACACAGUUCUCGUUUACUUAUUUACACUGUAUUUAUUUAAACUUCGAUCAUUUGCUAAAGAUAGCUCAAAUGUGAGCCGGAACAUACGUAAUGUAUUGAAUUGUAUACAUUAAGAUUACUAAUAUAUUUGCGCACAUUGUUAACCUAA